AUGGAAAAUGAUGAUGAGGAAGACUUGAAAUUCCCUACAGCUGCAGUCAAGAUGGGUCAUGAUGUUUGCAGGCUGACCAACAUUAAACUUGGAAUUGCAAUACGCACAGGGAAUCAGGAAAUGAAAAAAGAAUCUGAAGACUUCUUAAGUUUGAUGAGGAUUGAUUCCAGCGAUGGUGUAAUGAGGGCUUAUGAUUCUCUCAAAGAAGUUUGUGCCAAAUUGAAUCUUGGAGCCCCCGAGCGCAUCACUUCUGAUGGCAAUCAGCAGGAAAUCAGAGAGUCAGUUGUAAGCCCUGAUGGUUCCAUGGAAUCCGAGGAUGGCAAUCCACAAGGAACUACAGUGACAGUGGAUGGCUCCAAUGGUUCCAUUGAAUCUGAGGACAGCAAUCCACAAGGAAUUACAGUGACAGUGGACUGCUCCGAUGGUUCCAUGGAAUCUGAGGAUGGCAAUCUACAAGGAACUACAGAUACAGUGGACUGCUCCGAUGGUUCCGGAGGAUCCGAGGAUGGCAAUCAACAAGGAACUACAGUGACAGUGGAUGGCUCCGAUGGUUCCAUGGAAUCUGAGGAUGGGGGAUCGGAGGAUGGCAAUCCACAAGGAACUACUGUGACAGUGGACGGCUCCGAUGGUUCCGGGGAAUCCGAGGAUGGCAAUCUACAAGAAACUACAGAUACAGUGGACUGCGCCGAUGGUUCCGGAGGAUCCGAGGAUGGCAAUCCACAAGGAACUACUGUGACAGUGGACGGCUCCGAUGGUUCCGGGGAAUCCGAGGAUGGCAAUCCACAAGGAACUACAGUGACAUCGGAUGGCUCCGAUGGUUCAAUGGAAUCUGAGGAUGGCAAUCUACAAGGAACUACAGAUACAGUGGACUGCUCCGAUGGUUCCAUGGAAUCUGAGGACAGCAAUCCACAAGGAAUUACAGUGACAGUGGACUGCUCCAAAGGUUCCAUGAAAUCUGAGGAUGGCAAUCUACAAGGAACUACAGAUACAGUGGACUGCUCUGAUGGUUCCGGAGGAUCCGAGGAUGGCAAUCCACAAGGAACUACUGUGACAGUGGACGGCUCCGAUGGUUCCAUGGAAACCGAGGAUGGCAAUCAACAAGGAACUACAGUGACAGUUACUGGCCCGGAUGGUUCCAUAGAAUCUGAGGAUGGCAAUCAAUAG